AUGUACAAGAAGGCUUAUGCUCCCAUCAUAUAUUCAAUGCCUAGUGAGGAACAGUGGGCAAAGACUGCGCAUGAUGUAUUGGAUCCGCCUAGAUCAAGAAAGAUGCCAGGCAGACCUCGAAAGGCCAGGGUAAGAGGUCCUGAUGAGUCGAGAGUUCCUCAGAAUCCUUAUAGAAUGAGAAAGUUUGGAUUGAAGGGUAGAUGUGGGAUUUGCAAGCUGGUUGGACACAACAACAGGACCUGUCCAAUGAAGAAGGACCAGCCCUCGACAGAAGUUGAUUUGCCUACUCCACCCCCAGCUAGUUUGCCCACUCCACCCUCAACAAGUACCCAAAGCGUUGGAUGUAGCAGUAGUACAAGGGAAGGUGCACAACCAGCCUCCAACAGUCGAAGGGGGGGUGCACAACCAGCCCCCAACAGUCGAAGGGGGGGUGUACAACCAGCCCCCAACAGUCGAAGGGGGGGUGCACAACCAGCCCUCAAAAGGACUAUUACUGGUGCUACACAGCAACCCACUGCCACUGCCCCACCUAUUGCAACAGCUGAGAAAAAUUUGCAAAAUCCUGUUGGACUUAAAGUGCCCAGCUGGAACAGGCAACCGCUAGCACCCAAACCAUGCAUACCAGUUAGAAGAGUGUCUAAUCGAAUCAGGGCCAUGGUGCAGAGUGUUCCAAUUCAAAAGGGUCCACCUGUUUUGAUUGACCUCACAGCUAGGACUAGUACUGAUGGAGGAGGGAGAGUAUUUGGGUUGACCCCAAGAACCCCACAAGUUGCAGAACACGGUGCAGCGACAACAUCCUCAACACCGGCGAAAGGAAAAAGGAUCGCCCAUACCAUUGAAAAAGGAUUACAGAUUAUGGAGUCAAAGCCGAAAAGGAAAAGACCAGAAUGGAAGCAUUGA